AUGGCUGAAUCUGGUGAUGUGAGCUAUCCCAUCACGGGCAGUAUCAAAGAUAUCGUGACCAAGGGCCCGAUUGUCGAUAACGUCAAGUCUGAGGUUUCCAAGACCACUGGGGAGUUCCAAGACUUGAAGAACACUCGCGUUACCCCUUCGACCACCACCAACAAUGGCCAGCCGUUGACCCACUACCACUCUCUUCUUUACAGUCUUUUGAGCAUCGGCCACUUUGCCUUCCGCCUUCGAAUGUAUACUAACUGCCCCUCCGAUCUACAGUGGGAACAACCGCGCGCGACCGCCGUUUCUUAUGCCAGCAUCAUUGGUUUCAUCUUUGCCGCCCGUUACCUACCCCUCCUCCGUUGGGCCUUCAAGUUUCUGUACAUGUCUUUGGGAGUUACCGCUGCCGUUGAGAUUGCCGGACACGUUAUUCUCAAGAAGGGCAUCGCCAGCUCAUUCCGCCCCCGUCGAUACUACACAAUCCCCAAGGAGACCCACGAGGCUGUGCUCGAGGACCUCUCCCAGUUGUUGGACUUCUUCCUGAUCGAGUUCCAGCGUAUCUUGUUUGCUGAGAAUGUCGCGCACACCGUUGCGGCCUUCACAGCUGCUUUCCUCGGCUACUGGUUGAUCCGCUUCGUCCCGGUCUGGGGAUUGGCCGUGAUCGGAGUGACCACCGCCUACAUCGGUCCUCUUGUGUACAUUAGCAACCGUGAGAUCAUCGACGAGCAGAUCCAGAACAUUCAGGAUAUUGUCAACGCCCAAACCAAUCAGCUGAAGGAUCUGGCUGGCGAGCGCACCUCGCACGCCACUGGACUGAUGAAGCAGUAUGUCGGUGACUACAGCCACAAGGCCCAAGAAUACAUUGGCCGCCGCUCUGUUUCUCCCGAGAUGACCAAGGUCACCACUCCCGUGAAGACUGAGCCGAUUGCCGAGCCUGCCAUCAAGACCGAGGACUUCCCGGAAGCUCCCAACGUUGAGCCGGUAGCCCAAGUUGUGGAGUCCGUGGAGUCCGCCCCACAGGCUGCGGAGCGUGAGCCUCUUCUGGCUGUUUAA